GAGAGAGAGAGAGAGAGAGAGAGAGAGAGAACGAGGGAGGGAGGAAUUUCCCUUAGGGGCGACGUGUUUGUGCUCUCUCUCUCUGUUGCUCAUUCACUCAUACACACGCUCCAUCCAUACAUAUCUGACAGACACACACAGCAUGUAGACACUUUCUAAUUCAUUCACUUCCCUCUCUCACACACUCACAGUUUCUUUUUACAACCUUGAGUCUCAUUUUCACUUUUUUCCUGCCUAGAGAGUCUAGAGAAGAAGCUACGCCACCUCAACUUUAAAACUGCUGUUACAGAGAACAGGAGGCAGAGAGAAAAGACAGCAAGAAUAGAAUAAGAGAAACAGAAAAAAAGAGGCUGGAAAUUCACUGAAGUGCUCUGAAGGAUGGAAUAGAGAAGAAUGAAAGUCCCGAAAACAUCAGGACGUAACAUUCAGACACACAUUAUGAGAGAAACUGACUGAAGGAGACAAAGCUGAGAAAUUUACUUCAGCAAAAUCAGCCAGAUCUCCAGCUGUGUGUGUUCGUUUGUGUGCCACCCUUGACCUGACGGGACCGACGCCAUGUUUUGGACACUCUUCCUGGCUUUGAUCCUACUGCUGUUGCUGCAGGCACAGCUGCUUGUUUGUCUGCAUGAACUCCGAGCCUCUCUGACCUCAGUGACUUCAGCGAACCCUUCUGGAACAUCCAAUGCCUCAACUUUGCAACGUCUGCCAGGAGCCAUAAUCAUCGGGGUGCGCAAAGGAGGCACCAGGGCCCUGCUGGAGAUGCUCAACCUCCAUCCAGAUGUGGAAGUAGCCAAGAACGAGAUCCACUACUUCAACCUGGAUGAAAAUUUUCAGAAGGGUCUGGACUGGUAUCGUGCCCAGAUGCCCAUCACUCUCCCUGGGCAGCUGACGGUGGAAAAGACCCCUGGCUACUUCACAGCACCACUGGCCCCAAAGAGGAUAUGGGCCACUAAUCCAGCUGUGAAACUGCUGCUGAUCAUUCGUGACCCUGCAGAGAGACUUGUAUCAGACUACACACAAGUUCUCCACAACCGAAUUCAGCAAAACAAGCCAUAUCAGCCACUCGAAGAGCUGCUACUAUCACAAGAACACAUCAACCCCAAAUACAAAGCCCUUCAGAGGAGCUUCUACUACCAGCACCUUGCCAGGUGGUUGGAGCUUUUUCCAAGAGAGCAGAUGCACAUUGUGGAUGGAGAGGCACUGAUUCAAAAUCCAUUCCCUGAGCUACAGAAGGCGGAGAAGUUUUUGGAACUUCCACCUCGGAUAAAGCCAGAUAAUUUCUACUUUAACGUCACUAAGGGCUUUUAUUGUUUGCUGUCUGCGGGACACGACAAGUGCCUGGAUGAGUCUAAAGGAAGACCACAUGCACCACUUAGCAGCGAGGCUUUCCAGAAGCUUUGCCGUUACCUGCGAGUACCCAAUCAAAUCUUUUUCAGAAUGGUGGGACAGAGAUUUGACUGGUGCUAAAGACAGCUGAAAAAUUAUUAACAGCUCUUACAGAGACUGAGAAUGGGAUUUAAACUACUAUUGAAAACCCAUUUUGUGAAAAUGUUCUAAGGUUGUCAAAGGAAUGUGGU